CCGGAAGUGAGGUUCAGCGGCCCUGAGAGCUCGGGAACGGAAGCGGCCUGUGCGUUCAUGGCACUGUGGCGGCGCUGCUCCGGGGCCCUUGGGCUCUUGUUGCGGCCCCUGCACGCCGGGACCCCGCCGCGGGAUGUGCUGCUCUUCGAACACGAGCGGAGCCGCUUCUUCGCCAUCCUCGGGGUGUUUUGCGCCGCCCAGAGCAUCUUCUGGGCCUCGCUGGCCCUAGCGGCUCUGUCUCCACCCCCGGCCCCAGGGCGGGCUAGGGACACCAAGGCCUCGGACCGCGGCUGGGUGGACCUGCGCUCGGCCUUGUGGCGCUAUGGGCUGGCCGCAGGUUGCAGCGCAGUGGGAACCCUGGUACUUGGUGCUGGUCUGAUCUUCUCUCUCCGAUCUGUGCGUUCGGUGAUGCUUCGAGCUGGAGGGCAGCAGGUGACCCUCACCACUCACGCCCCCUUUGGCUUGGGGGCUUGUUUUACUGUUCCCUUGAACCAGGUGUCCUGCAUGGCCCACCGAGGGGAAGUCCCUGCCAUGCUGCCUCUGAAAGUCAAAGGCCGGCGGUUCUACUUCCUCUUAGACAAAGCUGGACACUUCCCCAAUGCUCAGCUCUUUGACAGCACCGUAGGUGCCUACCGAAGCUUGUGAAGAAAGGUCAUUCACACCUCCCAGAGGUAGAUGAGAACUGUAAGGAUGGAGUGACAACCAGGGUCACAAAAGGUGGUCCAGUGCUUAAUGGCAAAUAAAAGUCAAAGGGCAGCAGCCUGGUCCAUGCCUGUUGAGCCCUCAGUAUUUCUAUCUGCUUUAAUAUCAAGAACUCAAUACCAAGAUGAAGAAAGUAAUACAUUUUGGUACAGAAACAGCAACAGGAAAGGGUAAAUGGGGGUAGCUAUCAUGUGUCCCUCUUGGAGGGAAAAAGUGAGGCUCCCAGUAUGGGGUAAAAGGAUUACACACACGUGGACAAGGAGUCUUUGGCUGCAGAAAGCACUCUGGUUGCUCUUCAGAAAUGGGACCUGCAGGACCCAACAAAAGCAUCUGCCUCAGAGCUCGACUCAGAGGCACCCCUCUCCAGAGACUUCCACUGCACCACCUGGAGCACCGAGACCACAGACCACAAUACCAGAUUCCCCCAGGAAGUUCUGUGGGAGACACAAUGGGGAUGUGAGGAACGGGGCCGUCACAGAAGCAGUCCUUCCACCAACGCCAGUCUGUCAGACAAGCCUGUGUUCUCAGCCUGUCCCUGGUGGGCAAGCCACUUAGUACAAUAGUGAGUGCCCCUACAGCUACAGACAUUUCCUGGAUCUUUAUCCCUGGGUCUCAGUUCAGCAUUGUGUGGGCUGGAAUAAAACUGGAGAGGAGUUCCAA